AUUCCCUUUCGUUAUCUAUCUUUCACGCUCUCAUAGAAAUCUCGGACCCUAAGAAGAAAAAAUUAUGGCUACCGCAACCGAAACGAGCUCCCAGCAAGAUGUGAAAAAACUGACCUUCUCCUUUGAGCAUCUCGGCGCCUCUUCUCCCGGUUCCUAUACCCCCGUCCCAUUAAGGUCGGAGGUGGUGCCUUACAAUGAGGAUUCUAAGGUGGACCGCAAACAAACUGCCGCCUAUGUUCCAAUGGGGGGUGAAGAUGAUUUUUACAUAGACAUGUCCCAGUUCGCAUUGUCUCGCAUUAAUGAGGGUUCUAAGGUGAACUGCAAACGAACAGCCACCGAUAUACCUGAUGUCUUGGGGUCUGCGAUCAGACGAUCAGUCUUGGGGCCUGUGAUCAGAGGACCAGUGUCGGGCGAAGGUGCUUAUAAACACAAAAGACCGUGUGUGCCUUGUAAUGAGUGUUCUAAGGAGCACCCCUCUUUUCCUUCUUGCCCUUAUGUGCUUUGUGAUCUUUGUCAUGACCGUCACUACCCUAUUUAUUGCCCUAGCGUGCCUUGUCAAGUUUGUUAUCAGGAUCUUCACCUUACUCCUUAUUGCCCUUACUUUCACCUUAUCCCACAGGGUGCAGCUUUUGACCGUGACAACUAUGAAGUAGUUUGUUGCUGUGGUAAUGAAUUUAAUGAGGAAAAGUGGGUUUGUACCUAUUGUACUGGGAGAAAUGCACUGCUGAAGCGUAAGUAUUGUUCCAUUUGUGAUAGUAGCUGGAAACAGCACAGCACCCAUGAAUGCCCCAAGGACAAGGUCCUUGCUACCGAGUCUAAGUCGAUUAGGGACCCAUUAUCUUUGUCAGGGCGAACAUGAUUCCAUAUGAUGUGGUCUGUUCUCUAAGAGCCCCAUGAGGAACUGUUUCAACACCUUCUGUGUUUGUGGACACAUGCAUGAAAGAUGGCAAGUUUACUGUGUUUAUGAAAUAAGCUAACGAUUAGUUUUUGUUUUUUCUGGAAAAUAGACCGGUUGCACCAGAGAGGAUUUGGUUAAUGUAAGGUUAAUGCUACUGUAAUUAAAGGCACCUCUAACAGUAUCUGAAAUUUGCUAUUUACUAUGUUCUGUA